CCCCCCUCCCCUCAUGGCGCUCACUGCAGCCAGUGCUGCCUAAAGACCCUUUGGUUAUUUCACUGGCACUGAUGGGACCCAGGACAGCCGCCGGAGAGCAGGAAGAUCUGGAGCCCUGGGGAUUGGAGGACUGAAAGGCGCCAAAGGAAGAGGAGGGGACGUCUUAAAACGGGAGAGGCGGCUGUGGAGAGCGCGGGUGAGCAGAGUACGGCAGGUGUGCGCACAGUGACCAGCGGCAGCCGGAGAGACAGAGCUGCAUCGCUGCAAUACGGAGCCGCCAGCCGCCCACCGUUGCCGUGGAAACAGAGGGCCGCCGAGCAGGGAGAGAGACAGAGCCGCGGCUAGCCGGAGCAUAGACCGCCAGUGGCCGGCCGCCCAUAGAAGGGGAAAUGCCGCUGUGCCGCAGGGACCUACAGAGGGAAAAUUGUUAGGGAAGACCUCCAGCAGUAUACCCACCGAGAUCAGCAGCCACAAGCCAGACGGUCAGCACACAGGAGAGGCUGCUGCGACAGCCAUAAACGCGGGUACCCAGCAGAUUCAUAUGUAAGGGGACUUUCCACACACAAGGUCCCUUGGGUGAGAAGGGGGACGCCCCUGAUCUGAAGUACUACCCACACUUUGUCAUUGGGAGGGAGCCAGCCCUGAUUAAGCAGGAUUAGCGCCCCACCUGCCUUUUCUACAGUGACCCUGUGUAAAACCAAGAGGGCAGACUCUCCCUUAAGCUAAAAAGGGUCUGACCAUUGUACCAGGCUGUGACAAUUACACCAGAGCUCCAUCCAUAGGUCACUAUACCCGAAGCAGCUUGAUUUCCUCUGACUAACCUUUUCGUGGAUACAAAUACGGGUAGCACCGUUAGCUUCUGUUGCUGUGUUAUGCUACAAGUACAGGUUGAGUAUACCUUAACAAAAUGCUUGGGACCAGCGGUAUUUUGGAUAUGGGAUUUUUCCGUAUUUUGGAAUACUUGCAUACCAUAAUGAGAUAUCAUGGCGAUGGGACCUAAAUCUAAGCACAGAAUUCAUUUAUGUUUCAUAUACACCUUAUACACACAGCCUGAAGGUCAUUUAGUACAAUAUUAUUAAUAACUUUGUGUACAUUGAGCCAUAAAUAAACAAAGGUUUCACUAUCUUAAAGUCCGUAUUUCGGAAUAUUCCGUAUUUCGGAUAUUUGGAUAUGGGAUACUCAACCUGUAUUCCGUUUUUUAACCCUUCCCGCAAAUACUUACCUUACGUCCACUGACGUCUUCUCAGGAUUGCAUUAUUACAGUACAAGUGUUCUUUAUUGAAGGAGACAUUUACCCCCACCGCCAACUAAGGUGCAAGAACUGAAGGUUAGUGCAUGAGGUGCAGUGCCACCCUCUGGACAGUUUAGAUAGUGUACCAGAAUUACUGUCAGGACAUUUCUUAACCUAAAAUAUUAGAAGUGGUUCAUUACGUCUUAAUGCACGCGAUAUAUAUGCUUGUUUGACCCAGCCAUUCUAGUGCCUUUGAAAUACAUAAGCUGUGAUUGCUGUUAUAGACACCAGAGGAAAUUAGGUAUUGUAAUAAUGUCUAACUUGUGCAUCUUAACCAGAAUUGAGCCAUAGCGGUGACUGAUAUUUGCAGUUCAAUAAAUGGUUGUCACCGUCUCCAUGUGCAGUGGUCCUUGAGCAUAUUGUGUUUGGGUUGUCCUUCCGGGGUUCUCCCGGUCCUUCUGCCCCAGCCGUACAGGUGACGGGAGGAAAAGUCGCUGGCCUUGACAUCGCUGAAGAGUGGAUACGGCCGACCACGAAAACGACCGAGCUUCAGGUUGCCCUCACGGUACAGGACUCUCCAGGAUCAGGAUCUCGUGAAUACACCGGACAGGCGACCUUAGAUCUGCGUGAUACAUUCCUGUGGUGUUGGGCAGAAGAUCCCCGAAUCUCCCUGUGGUGUUCCUGAACGUGAACACUCCACAAGAAGAGCACGUCAUGCCAAGAUUCGAGUGGAGGCACUGAUGAAAAGAGAGAUACAAGGCCCGGCAGCUGGAACUUCCGAUGGAGCAUGGAGUCGCCAUUGUCUAGAUGUGUGUGAGAAACUUUACGGUGUCCCAUAUGACGAUUUAUAACUCCAGUAAACUAGUUGUUGCAUUUCCUGAUACAAUGGCCAGUAUCUCAAGGAAGAACCUAAUGUACAUGUUCAUCUUACUGACUGCCACCUUUCUACUGGGAUAUUUUACUAAACCUUUGAACCCUCUGUUGUAUCACUGGAGACCUCCGUGUACCUGCUGUGAUCGUAGACUGACCACUGAUACUAUUACACCACUGCGAGACAACCGGACAUUUAUCAUAGCUCCAUACUCUGACAAUCGAAUACACAAUAACCGCGCAGUCCGUAUCCUCAGCAUUAUUCACCAUAAAGAGGUAAAGGAUCUAUACUGCUGGUUUUGUUGUACUGUAAACAAUUCUGUGAAGGUUUCCCAGGCAGCGAUAGACAUACACACUGAUCGGUUCGGCUUUCCCUAUAGCACAACGGACCUGGUCUGUAUGGAACCACCAGGCUGCCAUGCCAAGUACCUAUCAGUCCAUAAAUCUCCUACAGGAAACAUGACCCAAUUACCCCUCUUCCGAAUACAAAAUCAGGACACGAGACCAUUUUCCGCCAACUUCACGGUCUGCAUUUCCACCAUGUUUGGGAAUUACAGUAACGUUUUACAGUUCAUACAGACCAUGGAGAUGUACCGGAUACUGGGGGCUCAACGGGUCAUGAUCUACCUUAAUAACUGCAGCACACAGGUGGAAAAAGUCAUUCAGUACUACAUUGCAGAAGGUAUUGUAGAGGUUAUACCAUGGCCAAUUCAGCAGUACCUGAGACCAUCUAGAUCAUGGCGCUAUUCUGUACAUGCAAUGGAUGUUGGGUAUUAUGGUCAAGUGACAACACUCAAUGACUGUAUCUAUCGGAAUAUGUACCGGAGUAAGUUUGUUCUACUUAAUGAUCUUGAUGAAAUAAUUCUGCCAAUCAAACACCAGACAUGGGACAGCCUGAUGGAAAGUCUCCAGCAACAGAACCCAGGAGUUGGUGUUUUUCUCUUUGAAAAUCACAUUUUUUCUCAAACCGUCACAACUGAUGGAAACUUCUCCAACAUUUCAUCUUGGAAGAGUUUGCCGGGAUCCAAUAUACUGCAGCACGUUCACCGCGAGCCAGACAGACCGAACUAUUUCAAUGCCCGGAAAAUGAUUGUGGAUCCGAGGAAGGUCAUUCAAACAUCUGUACACUCUGUUCUAAAAUCUAUUGGGGGUUCUAAAAAAGUCUCUCUGGAGGCGGCGCUGGUUUACCACUGCAGAACACCUCUUCAGAAGUUAUUAAAGACAUCUUUAAUUGAAGAUAAAACUAUUUGGAGAUAUAAUGCUUCAUUGAUUAGAAAUGUUAAUACUGUCCUGAACCAAGUAGACUUACAGAAAUAAUAACCCAAGGAAAUGGACAUUAAGGUCAGAUUUUUCCUCCCCGAUCUGCCAGAUUUGGCAUUUUUACUUUAAUUUAAGAUUUCAGGCAUUAAAAUCUCAUGUUUUCUGUGAGUGCAAAAGUUCACUUGUUGGUAUCCCUGAUGGACAAACCCUUUCAUCAUGUGCAGAUGUGUCCACCUUCACCUUUGCUGACAUUGGGGCUAUUUGGAACACCCCAGACUGUGCGACAAAUAUCUUUUCCUUUUAAUAUGUAUCUUAUUCACACAGGGGCGUUUUAACAGCCUUGUGCUGGAGUCUACUGUACCUGUGCAGGUCUCCAGAAACAUGGCGCCUGCCAUGUUCCAGAGAAAAAUGUCACUACUGCGCGUGUGCGGCGGCCAUUUUGCUGGUGACUUUUUACCACGGCUGCAGCUCCCGACGCAGGAAUCCAUAAAAAGGUAAGUAUUAAAACAUGGGUGAAGUGUGAGCAGUGUGAGGCCCCCAGGGGCCCAUGUUUAUCGCACACAUUAAACCCAAUCUAGAAACGCUUAUGUAUUCACCUCAGUAAUACAAAAAUGGAUGCAAUGUUGGUAUUCAGGUUAGGUUGCGGGUGAAGGGAGAGGUUAGGGUUACUCUGUGGUGGGGGAGAGUAAGGUUCAGCACUACAGUGAGGGUUAGUAUUAGGGCUAGGGAAGAAUACAAUUAAUGAGAAGAAAAAGAUUGACGUGGUGCGAUUCACCUUGUGCUUAAGAUUUAGGGGGACAUGUACUAAGCAGUGAUAAGAAUGGGGAAGUGAGCCAGUGGAGACCUUUCCCAUGGCAACCAAUCAGCUGCUCCGUACAAUUGUAUAAUAUGCAAAUUAGAAAUGUUACUUCAAUGCUGAUUGGUCGCCAUGGGCAACUUUUCCACUUUUAUCACUGCUUAGUACAUGUCCCCCUUAACCUUUAUAUGGUAUAUGUUAAAAUGUCUUUAAAACUGCAAAAUACAAAGAGAGAAUAGUGAAUAAAGUAGGAAUAGUGAUAUAAAAUCUCUGUGUGUGAGGGAUACCAUUGCAUGAUGUUAAUUAUCCCUCUGGUUAUGUAAUAAAUAUUUAUAUACAGUA